AUGGAGCCACAGGAUGCACCAGGAAAGGUUCAUUACCAAGCAGUAGCUACCGGUAGACAGGCAUCCAAGACACCCAAGGGCGAUAUCAGCCUAUCGCAGGAAGACGUUGUAAUUAACGGCGAGGCCAAGGGAGAUACCGACCUACGUGCGGACAGGGAGCAGUACAUUACUGGUGAACAUGUAGCUAGUGAUGGGCUCCCUUCCCGUUCGUCUUCGGGUAUCUCUGAAGCCUUAUCUUCCGGUAAAGGGCAACCACGCCUUCCACCUAAUAAGCGCAGGCGUCACCGCCGUCGUUCCUACACCAAGGGCACGGUGCGGGGCCAGUCUUCGACACAGAAACUAACCGAGCUUAUGGCACAACAACAGUCGCUCUUAGAGAAGUACGAACAAAGGUUGCAGCGUACAUCUUCAGAACAACCCGCGACAUUAUUGUCCGCGAACGAAGCGUCGACUAGCCCACACAAACGAGGGCAUAUGGCACAAGGUACGAAGGACAAUCCUACGUUUCGUAUCCAAGGACGUUCAAAACAGCACCAUGGACUCGGAUAUGAAUCACCUGGGUCGGAAGGUCAACUCUCUAAGGAGGAAGAUACCUUGUCGUCUCUGGAAGAGGCUCCGUCAUUCCAAGAAUUCGCACGUGAGCAAGUGUUGGCCAAGUAA